CCGUAUUGUGAAGUCACAAUCCAAGAUGGCGCUGCCCGUGCGAACUAACUUGAAACAUCUCUUCAGAUUCAUUCAGAAGUUUAAUUCCCCGAAAAGGUUACUCUGCGCUGAGGUCUGUACGGAAAACAAGGUGUCUCCUGGUGGGUGCGUAUUCUCUGGGAUCCAGCCAACUGGGGUGCCCCACCUCGGUAACUACCUGGGUGCACUGGAGAACUGGGUGGCCCUGCAGAACCAGUAUCCUUCAGUGCUCUACAGCAUUGUGGACCUGCACUCCAUCACCCAGCCUCAGGACCCAGCCCAACUCAGGAGCAACAUACUGGACAUGGCAGCCAGCCUGCUGGCCUGCGGCAUCAACUCAGAUAGGGCAAUACUCUUUCAGCAGUCUCAGGUGUCCGAGCACACUGAGCUCUCCUGGAUCCUCGGCUGUCUGACCAGCAUGCCCCGCCUCCGACACCUGCCUCAGUGGAAGAUGAAGAGCAAACAAAAGAAUGAAGGCAGUGUUGGUCUCUACACGUAUCCUGUCCUCCAGGCCGCCGAUAUUCUCCUCUACAAGUCCACUCACGUCCCUGUCGGAGAGGAUCAGGUCCAGCAUUUAGAGCUGGCUCAGGAUCUCGCUCGCAUCUUCAACAACCACUACGGAGACUUGUUUCCUGAACCUGGCGCGCUGCUCAGCUCAACGCGAAAGAUUAAAUCUCUGCGUGACCCGUCUGCCAAAAUGUCCAAAUCCGACCCCCAAACGAUGGCGACGAUUACCAUCACAGACUCUCCUGAUGACAUCGUGCUCAAGGUUCGCCGUGCCGUUACUGACUUCACCUCUGAGGUCACGUUUGACCCGGAGACGCGGCCAGGUGUUUCCAACCUGGUGACGAUCCAUGCUGCCAUGGCAAUGAUCAGUGUGGAAGAAGCAGUGUCCCAGGCCAGAGGGUUGGACACAGGUGCCUAUAAGAAGCUUGUAACUGAGGCUGUGAUACAGAGAUUGACUCCCAUCAGGGAGGAGGUCAAGAGGCUAAGGUCGGAUCGUGCCCACUUGGAGGGAGUGCUGGCCCUAGGGAACCGCAGGGCUCGGGAACUGGCUGCGCCGGUCCUCAGAGAGGUCCAACAGCGAGUUGGAUUCUGCUGAGAGGCAGCUGGGCUGGAAAGUAAAGGCACAAUUAUACUGCAGGCUGUGCUCAGUACUUAACUGCUGCUGAUAUCAAAUUUUAUUCCAAUGACUGUUUAUAUCUUUAGGAUAUUCAAGGAUGUAACUCAUUUCAUAACAAAAUGUGUUGAAAGCAACGUGGAAAAGACUCAACUGCAGUGUAAUGUUUUGUUCAGACUGCAAACUGAUUGGUGGACAACAUAUUGUUAUUUUCUCCUCUGAGUUUGUCUCAUUGGAAUGAAUUAAUUUCAUGCAGUUGUAGUUCUGAACACAGCCCAACAAGAAUGAAAGAUGUCACUUUUGUUUUUGUGCAUGCACUACACACUCAUUGGCUGUAUGUGUUUCCCUAAAUUCCAAAAGAAAAAAACAUGUAAACAAAUAUUUGCAAGUAAGAUUCAAAACAUUCAUUGGUGUUUUAACAUGUGAUUCAGACACUAUUUCUCCCCUGAGCACUCAAACACAACAGUAAACAACACAGUUCAUCAAAAGUGCUUUACAAAGCCGGCAGAAAUGGAAGAAAGGACUGUGAACAUACAAAUAAAAGUACAUAUUCAAGAAAUAAACCCUCCUACAGAUAUACAGAAUACAUCAUUUGGUCUCAGACGAAUGCAAGCAAAGAUCAUGUACUGGAAAGAGCUAGAGGAAAAAUGCAUUACACUCUAAGUAUUGCCCUACAGAACACCGCAAUGAAACACAGACAUGUGACUGAAAACAAUUAUCAGGUGUAAUAACUCAAGAAAAUCUUGAGAAACACACAAAAGGUGAGUUACUCCUGCUUGCAUACUGAAGAUCACUGAGGAGCAUCAUCUUUUCCAGAAUGACCAGGACAACGUGAUUCUUUAUUGCUUGCUCAUUUUAGACAGUGCAGUACAGCAUCGUUUACCGUUGAAGAAUCAGUGUACGUCAUGCACAACACGAAGCACAGUGGUGAAAAAGGCAUCGAUACGUAAGGGCUUCAGUAACCGUUCCAUCUGCUGAUCUUCAGUCUGCUGCAGGUCUCCUCUCUGCUGCUUCCACACACGUCAUCACACCGCAUGAGGAGUCCAAAUGUAAAAAAACUUGAAAUCAGAGUUAACGACUUGAAACUAAGCACUGAUGGUGAUAGGGUGUGGUGAUUAUAGUCAUCAGGAACGCUGCUGCUGUUGUGUUGUCGUUUGCUUGUUUCACAGUUUUGUCUUUUUCUCUGUAUUUAAAAAAAAGAAUAUAUUAUUUUGUAUUUUUGCAGCUCAAUAGUUUUUUUCUUUUAUCUUAAAAUAUUUCAUUAACAUUGAUUUAGUUGACAUCUUGACACACACAUUGGAACUGGUAUGCACAACCUUACACUUCUACACUGUAAAACUUCUCUGUUGAUUCACAGCCACACACACACACACUCUCGGUGCUCCUAAAGAAGAUACUUGUGCGUGCCCACAAUUCCACAUUAACUGCUUACACAUCCACACUUGUUUGAACUUAUAUAUCUAAUUUGAACACUUUGCUGUAGAUUUUUGUUUACACGUAAACACUUGGAAAUGAUCACAUCCACACUUUGCUUAAAUAAAAAGAUGUAUGUAUGUGACAUGCA